AUGUUUAAGGAAGAGCAGGCGGGACCCACGCACCAGGAUGAAGUUCAAGCACCCACAUCGGUCCAUUCUGAGAAGCCCCACGCCGCACCGUUCCCGCAAACAAACACUCCAAGGGGAGAGUAUCCCAUGCAGCAAAUGCACGCGUCAUCGGGGAACCCAGCAAACCAACAGCAAACAGGCGGCACCUCGCUGGGACCAGUCGACCCAGUGAUGGGUGCAGCCAUUGCAGGCCAGCAGUACCGCGAUCAACUUCUUGCGCAGUGUGCGGCCGGACAGCAUGAGGUUGUAACAAACUACGGUAUCUUAGGGAUCAUAAUGGCAGUCCUAAAACUUACAAUUGCACAUCCUCCAUCUCCUGACGUGCACCCGCCAUCUAUGGCGCGCAAUCCACAGCUCCACCCAGUUCAUUUCAUAACACUCAAAUAUGACGCCCUCGCCCCACAGCUCCGACACCCAGAAAAAAUGCGCGCGUUGUGGUGUCCAGUUGUGAUCAGUGAUUUUGAUCUUGAUCUAAUCCCCCACCCACAUCUUGCAGAGACACAGACUCGAACCAUUCUAUUGAUUGGUGUUUGUCGACAAGAGCACGAGCAGAGUAGCGCUUAUGAUCAUCCAGCAGAUGAUGCCCACUUGGCACUUGUUCGUGGCUACGGUUACUUCAGCCUAAAGCCUACAGGGCCAUCGGAACCCAAAUAUCAUUGA